UCGCUUGUUGAACAUUGCCACUUGGAACAGAUACGAACAGACACGAAACGGACUGUGUCAGGAGAGGUGGUCUUGCAUUAUUAUAAAGAAAUAGAUAUAUUAAUGUAAUAAAAUAUCUCACACAUCAUGGUCCUGAUGUCAUUAUGGUCAUUAAUAUAUCUGGGUUGAAAGAGUGAAAGCCCUGUGAUUUUGGUACAAUGAAUACAAAACUUAAUGAAAACGAGAUAAAGAAAAAAUUCCGUAAUGUGAAUUCCAUCGAGGGAUUCUAUGCCGGAAGUGGAAUUCUUAUUACUGGUGCGACUGGAUUCGUGGGCAAAGGCCUCCUCGAAAAAUUGAUACGCACGUGUUCACGCAUCUCUGCUAUUUUUGUAUUGAUCCGUCCAAAACGUAACCAAAUGAUAGAACAACGAUUUAAGAAGAUAAUAGAUGAUCCGAUUUUCGAUUGUGUCGGAGCACAAAACCCAACAAUUUUCUAUAAAAUUCAUCUCGUGGAGGGCGACGUGACUCUACCAAAUUUAGGUCUUUCGCAAAAAGACAGAGAUAUGUUGAUAGAGAAUGUAAACAUAGUGUUCCACAUUGCGGCAACUAUAAGUUUCCAUCAGCCAUUGAAUACGAUCGUCGAUGCAAAUGUGAAAGGUACCGCUAAUAUUAUCAAACUGUGCAAGGAACUCAAGCAUGUAAUCAGCGUUGUCUAUGUGAGCACUGCCUACAGUAAUCCGAAUCUAUCAGACAUCGAGGAAAAGGUCUACACCACAAACCUAGAUCCCUCUCUCGUGAUAGAUAUAUGCGACCGACAAGACAAAGAAUUGAUUAAUCUGCUCGAAGAAAGAGUUUUAAAAACUUAUCCGAACACAUACACGUUCAGCAAGAAUCUUGCAGAGCAGACAAUAUCCAACAAUAGCAAAGGAUUGACUGUUGCGAUAGUGCGACCAAGUAUAAUUUCUUGCUCGCUAAAAGAACCGUACCCUGGUUGGUUGGUACCUUUUUCUGGACAAGCAGGUAUCUUCGUUACUAUCGGCAAAGGAAUUGCAAAAGUACUAUUGGGUAAGAGAGAUGUAAUAUCAGAUGUAGUACCUAUUGAUUAUGUAGUCGAUGUGAUAAUGUGUGCCGCGUGGCACGUCACGCUACACAUUAAUAAUGAGGUCAAAGUUUACAACUGUACGAGCAACGCACGUUCCAUCAAACUUGGUGAGAUCAUAGAUACGUUCCUGGAAUGUACCAGAGAAAAACCGAUGAACGAUACGUUGUGGUAUCCGAGUUGCACAGUAGUAGCAAACAGAUAUGUUUACAAUGCACUGAAUAUACUUCUAAAUGUUUUACCUGCGUUUGUCAUAGAUAUCUUUUUAAGACUUCAAGGUGGUAAACCAAUGGCAAUGAAUAUGAGCAAAUAUUACAAUAAGUUGGUCAUAGCGACAAGCUACUUCAAUUCGAAUGAAUGGUCCUUCAAAAGAGAUAACACUACCAACAUGAUUAACAAGGUGAAUACAUUGGAAGACCGAAAUAUUGUUAAACUGGAUUUGCAGGAUAUGGAUUGGAAGAAAUAUUUAGCAGAUUACCUGGCGGGACUUAAGAAAUUUACUUUGAAGGAAGACACUCAAUCUAUAAACACAGCGCAGCAACGGUUAUCGAUAUUUUACAGGAUUCGUCAGAUGACUAAAGGAUUCGGUAUAAUCAUUUUAUUUCCGAUAAUGUUGGUAAUAAUACUGCUAUGCACUGACUAUUUCAAUGUUAUGUUUUCCGCUUGAAUCAAAAACAAAGUAUAUCGAACAUUAUGGAAAAGAGCUUUAGAAUAGGAACAUGUCGCUACAUAUAAAGGGUGUCCGGCAGAGUUAUAUAUUAUAUACUAUACAGUAAAUAUAUGAUAUAUUCUUCGAAUAAAAACUGCGGAAAAAUGAAGUUAUUUGCCGAUAUUGUGAAUAACACACAUUACAAAUUGUUAAAAUAUAUUAAAUAUACUAGAUACUUCAGAAUACUUUAUUGCGUGCUUGCUAGCUACGACCGCAUGCUGGCAAAUAAUAAUGGUUAACGACUAACUAGAACAAAAGAAGAAAGUAAGGCGAGCGCAUUUCCGCCGAGAACAUCGAUCGCGGUGGUCACGCUUAUACAUUUCUAUUUUUAUUCGAAUACUUCGAUACUACUAAAUGGCGGAGUAGAGACUGCCAAAUACGCAUAUACAGUGCUCUCUCAAACAACGUACGGGUAGGACACCGGUUGACCGCGUAGAAUAUAACCCGUGUAGUUACAAUGCUCCCGCCCCGUCUUCCCUUUCCACAUAAGCUGAAGUACAUAAUCACAUACACACAUUUAUAUUUUGCCGAUGCAUGUGCAUAAUAUACACUAUUCUAAAUUUACACUCUCACGAUCACUCGUUAUAUUCUUCAAUAUAGAACGAGCAGCAACAUUGAAUUCAGGCAAUUGACAAACUGUUUACAGAAGAUAAGGAUUUUUUUUCCGCACACAUAUAAUGAAACUGUACUUUGCAGAGACACACUGCUUGUUGGAUUUCUCUUCAAGUUCCACAUCAGUUCGCUAUGUGUUCGAAUUCGGUGCCACGGCUUCUUGUAUGCAAGAAAAAGAUCUGAGGUAUUAUGUAGUUCACACGAACGAAUUCGCAUUUGUUAAAUGUUAAGAUAUUAACAAUGUACUGGAUCUCGCAACUACCAUAAAUAUUGCGAGCAUCGUGAAGUUAGAAUCGAUCGAUCAUUCGAAACCAUUUUCAUCUUCAUAUUCCCUUGUCUCUGGUACAAAAAUCUUUAAAAUAUACUUCAAAAAUAGCAAAUGUUUACAUUGUAACUAAAUAGUCCGUUUGCACCGUGAUUGUUCUCACUUCGUAGACGUAGUGGAUCUUAUCGUCAAGAUAAUUUAAGUUCGAAACGAUCUGCACAAAUGUACGCAGUGUGGAAUGAAUCUUUGAUUGCCAGCGCCAAAUGUAACAAAGAUCCUUCCAUAACAACAUACAACGAUUAGGUUGUGUGUCAAUGAUUGACUUAUUUGUAUACGUGUCAUUUAAUCCAAUCCAAUCAAUGCAUGAUUGCCAUCAAUAUUUUCGAGAAAGGGUUGCUAAUUUCCUUAUUGACACUGGAAAUACCAACAUUGUCUAAAAUCUCACAUGCAUUGAUUCAGGAAUCAUACUUACGUACGAUAAAAUUUUAUUGAAGUCCAUCAUAUCAAUGCAAAGUUUCAGUUAUUGUUAAUAAUGAUCUUUCCAUCGCCGA